AACUCCCUUCUGAUUUGAACUCAUGCCUUUACUUAGGCCAGUGGUUCACAGACAUUAACGUGCGUCAGAAUCACCUGGAAGACUCAUUGAAUCACAGACUGCUGGGUCUCACUCGGAGUUUCUGAUUGAGUAGGUCUAGGUGAGACCAGGAAUUAACAUUGCUGAGAGCUCCCCAGCGCUGCUGCUGCUGUAUUCCUGGUGGGAUACAAGAAGUUUUGUUAUGUUAACCCAUCCACAGCCUUAAUUUUCAUUAGCGCUGUAUCCAUUUUAAUAAUAUGUCCAAGCCAGGGCUUUGCAUAGCAUCCAGCCUUUGUGCCACCAGGCUUCCUGCUUCCUUCACCUCUGAAAUCUUAGCGACCAUCCCUGUUUCCCCCGGAGGGGAAACAUACACAGCUGUGGUUUCUCAGUGCUCACUAUAGUCCAAGACAGUAAAAUACAAAAAAGUCCCAGAUGGUGUCUAAACCCCUGAGGAGCUCGCGAUCUAAUGGGAAAGCCAGUAAGACAGAAAAGGGCAUAAAUCAGGUGCCAAGUUGUAACUUAGAUGGUAGGUUACACAGGAGACCUUAAAAGGAGGGAAGUUUCUCGUGAGGAGCUGCCCAGAAAGCUGGGAUCGGUGCUGUAACUUGAAAGGUGAGUAGGGUCUUCUCAGAUGGCCAUGGAGUCCCAGAGCUGCCCUGGGCAGAGGGAACAGAGUAUCAGACGUGGGAGGAGGCCGCCGGGAAGACCAGGAGGAUGAGCGCUGAGCACGGACAGCUGCAGCAGCCUGGGGGCCGGCGAGGCCGGAGUCCUGGGGACAAGAAGUCCAGAAGGCGCAGCCGGCGCAAAGAAACCUACUCGAUGUACAUCUACAAGGUGCUCAAGCAGGUCCACCCCGACAUCGGCAUCUCCUCCAAGGCCAUGAGCAUCAUGAACUCGUUUGUGAACGAUCUGUUUGAGCGGCUGGCCGGCGAGGCCGCCCGGCUGGCCCAGUACUCGGGCCGAACCACACUGACGUCCCGGGAGGUCCAGACGGCCGUGCGUCUGCUGCUGCCUGGAGAGCUGGCCAAGCAUGCUGUGUCCGAGGGCACCAAGGCCGUGACCAAGUACACCAGCUCCAAGUGACCCGGGGCCCGACCCUAAUAAAGGCUGCACUGCU